CCUGACGGAGCGAGCGAGCAAGCGAGCAAGCGGCGGCUGCUGCCUCUCAGGCGGAGCGGAGGUCGCUCGGAGUGCGGACACCGCGGGCUUAUCCUACCCGGGUCUGACCGGCCGCCGGCUAGGAACUUUUCCAAGCCCCGGACGGUCUCUCACCUCCGUGGAGUUACGCAAACUCUCCGUAUUCCUGGAUUGGACAGGAAGGUGCCUCGAUUUUGUGUUGAAGUAUUCACCUUCACAGAGGAUAAAACAGGCUUUCUAGAAGUCUACGGGGAUUCUCAGUCAACCAGGUCAUGGCUUGUCCCAAAAGUCAGAAAAAUCAGCGGACAGAAAGCCAACAGAAACUCCAGAAGAAAAAUCCAGAUGUUUCGCCGAAAUGCGUUUUGAGCCAUAGACGACGGUGAAUGCCAUAAUUGUCCAGGUUUCCAGGCUCUGAUAAAUGAAAUUGUCGAUCUUUCUCUAAUCAAGUUAUUUUUGUGUGUGUCAUCCCUGCCAGUUCUGAUAUCUUCAUUCUUCCAUUGCUCUGAAGCCGUUGAAAACCCCACCGUCAAUGAAGGAAGAAACCGCCUUGGAUUUUGAAGUGUGGGCGAGGUCCUGAUUCUGUCCCAACAUGCGGAAAGGGGCACCCAAGGAUCCGGAUAUCGCCGAGCUCUUCUACAAAGAUGAUCCUCAGGAGCUGUUUGUGGGCUUACAUGAAAUCGGGCAUGGAAGCUUUGGAGCGGUUUAUUUCGCCACCAAUGCCCGGACCAACGAAGUGGUGGCGAUCAAGAAAAUGUCUUACAGCGGAAAACAAACCAACGAGAAAUGGCAGGAUAUCAUCAAAGAAGUCCGAUUUCUGCAACAGCUGAAGCAUCCCAACACUAUAGAAUAUAAAGGCUGCUAUUUGAAAGAACAUACUGCCUGGCUGGUCAUGGAAUAUUGCCUGGGAUCUGCUUCAGAUCUGUUGGAAGUACAUAAGAAGCCUCUUCAGGAAGUAGAGAUCGCUGCCAUUACCGACGGUGCCUUGCAUGGACUGGCAUAUCUUCAUUCACAUUAUAAAAUUCACAGGGAUAUUAAAGCCGGAAAUAUUCUCCUAACGGAACCAGGCCAAGUGAAACUAGCAGACUUCGGCUCUGCUUCUAUAGCCUCUCCUGCCAAUUCUUUCGUGGGAACACCUUACUGGAUGGCUCCAGAAGUAAUCCUGGCUAUGGACGAUGGGCAGUACGACGGGAAAGUCGACGUUUGGUCGCUUGGAAUUACUUGCAUCGAGUUAGCGGAGCGGAAGCCACCUCUCUUCAAUAUGAACGCGAUGAGUGCCUUAUAUCACAUUGCCCAGAACGAUUCCCCCACGCUACAGUCCAAUGAGUGGACAGACUCUUUUAGAAGAUUUGUUGAUUACUGCUUGCAGAAACUACCUCAGGAACGUCCAUCGUCGUCAGAACUUUUGAGGCAUGACUUUGUACGAUGCGAGCGUCCGUCCCGGGUCCUCCUAGACUUGAUUCAAAGAACCAAGGAUGCAGUCCGAGAGUUGGAUAACCUUCAGUCUCGGAAAAUGAACAAAAUCCUUUUCCAGGAGGUCUACAAUGGCCCUCUGAACGAGUCUCAGGAAGACGAGGAGGUAUUCAAAUUUAUCUAUACCGCCGAUGGUGAUAAUAAUAAUCACAUUAAUGGUCAAAGUAACGUGUCUUCCUGCUUCACAGGGUCCCUGCCGAGUCCCUUUUCCUGGGUUCCCAGCACAACAUGAGGAAUGUGCUUGGGAACAAGACUGUCUUACCUCUGACUUCUGGGGGCGUUGAUGCUCUUGAGACAGUCCUCAAGACAGAUGGCAACAGAACAUCUGAAGCAAAUUAACUUUGGUCUCAGUUUUGGGUCACGGCUAUGGAAACCAGGCCUCAGUUAGAUCCAAAACAUUGACUGUGUUUUCCCGAAAA